AUGAAUUUUUUCCAAAAUCCAGAUCCUUAUACAAGUAAGAAAGCGGACACUGGUGCAUCAGAUAAUCCUAAUAGCAUGAUUCCGAGAAACUUUAUGAAAGAAGUUCAGUUUAUGGAACAAUAUACAGAACCUCUCAAAAAAUACAUACGAAAUUGCUUCAAUAACUGUCAAAAUGAUACGGAAAAGGAAUUUGUCUCCAAGUCUCUUUUAUCAAAAAUCAAAAAAAUUUCGAAUCAACAAACAUUAUCUUCAUAUGCCUGGGCAAACGAGCCAAUAGUUCCGAAAUCUCAAGAAGAAGAAAAUUCGAUAAAGAAUGCUCAAAAUGCUAAGCCAUCUAAUUCAUCUUUUCCAAGUAGACAAAAUUCUUGGAAACAGAAGCCAAUAAACUUCCGUGAAAAUGAGUCUCAGAAAAACAAAGAUAAUAGCCAACCAUCUAAUCCAAAAGAGCAACCAAAUCAAUCUUCUCCUCAAAAUCAAUCAAAUUUAUCUUAUCCACAAGCUCAACAACAGUACAAUUAUAAUCAAUGUCAGCAGUACAUGUACCAAGGUGGCCAAUUUAACUACAAUCAAUCUCCAAAUCAGUAUAAUUAUCAAUAUCAAAACCAAUAUCAACAAUACCAACAAUAUCAGCAGUAUCCUGGAUACGGACAACAAUACAACUAUCAAAACCCAAAUCAAAGUCCUCAACAAAAUCAAAUUCAAAAUCAAAUCCAAAAUCCAAGCCAAGAAAGCCAAGAAAUGAAAAAUCAGGUACCACAACAGCCAGACAAUCAAGUACAGCAGCCACCAUAUCAAUAUUACAAUCAAUUUCCUCAUCAAAAUUAUAAUUCUUUCGGAAAUGCAGGAAAUCAAGGAAAUAAUGAUAGCAAUUACAACAGUAAUCAACAAUAUCCACCUCAGCAACAACAAAAUUAUCAAAAUUACGGAAAUCAAAAAAAUUAUCAAAAUCAACAACAAAAUUACAAAGAAAGGCAACAACAAAACUAUACAAACCAAGGAGAUGAUGAUUCGCAGCAACAGAACUUCCAAAAUCAGCAAAAUUACAAAAAUUAUCAAAAAAAUUUCAAAAAUCAACAGAGAAACUUCCAAAACCAGCCAAGGAACUUCCAGAACACUGUAGAUGACAGUGGAAACCAAAAGAGUUUCGGAGAUCAGCAAAAUUAUCAAAGAAACAGAAAUUUCCAGAAACAGUUUGACGGACCACAGGAUUUCCAAGGCCAAAACCAAAAUUUCCAGAAACAAAACAGAAAUUUCCAGAAAUCUGAUCAAAAUUUCCAAAAUUCUCAACAAAGGAACUAUCCUACAGCAGCAGAAGAUGGUUUUGAACAAACUGGUUUCAAUGAGCAGCAGAAUUUUCAUAAACAAAACAAAAAAUUCCAAAAAUUUGAUCAAAAUUUCCAAAAUCAGUAUCAAAAUCAACAAAGAAACUAUCAAACAAUGCAAGAAGAUGGUUUAGAUCAGAAUAGUUUCAAUGAACAACAUAACUAUCAACGACAAAACAGAAAUUUCCAAAAUUCUGACCAAAAUUACCAAAAUUCUCAACAAAGGAACUAUCAAAUCCCAACAGAAGAUGGUUAUGAUCAGAAGAGCUUCAAUGAGCAGCAGAAUUUCCAUAAACAAAACAAAAAAUUCCAAAAUCAGUAUCAAAAUCAACAAAGGAACUACCAAAAUAUGCCAGAAGAUUCUAAUGAUCAGGAUAAUUACAAUGAACAACAGAAUUUUCAUAAACAAAACAAAAAAUUCCAAAAAUUUGAUCAAAAUUUCCAGAAUCAGUAUCAAAAUCAGCAAAGGAACUAUCAAGCAACAACAGAAGAUGGUACAGAUCAAGACAAUUACAAUGAACAACAGAAUUAUCAAAGGCAAAACAGAAAUUACCAAAAUCAGUAUCAAAACCGUCAAAACAAACCGAAUUUUGACGGCCAACAACAAAACCAAUACCAACAAAAGAAUUUUCAAGGUAAAAAUUUGAAUCGAAAUCAAAAUCAGAGUCAGAAGCAGUUUAAUGGUAAAAAUGACUGGAACCAGAACCAGAAUCAAAACCAGAGGUACAACAAGAACCAACAGCAACAAAAUAAACAAAAUAAGAAUUAUGAUCGGGAAAAUUUCAGAAGAAACCAAAGUAACGACCAAUAUUCCGAUCAGAGAGAUACAGAAAAUGAUCGUUCCUCGCAAAAUUUAACAGGAAACGAUUCUGAUAAUGAGAUAUCUCCGAAACAAGAGAAUAUUGUUGAAUCCAUUCAACAAGAAGAAGCUGCAUUGGAUGAGCUCUUCCAGGAGAAGAAAAUCAUUGGAACUUGUCAAGAUUUGGAAAAAGAAUAUUUAAGAUUGACUUCAGAACCAGAUCCAAGCAAGGUCCGACCACUUGAAGUGCUAAAGAAGUCAUUGGAAUACUGUUUGGCCAAGUACGAAGAGAAAAAAGAUUAUGAUUACAUUUCGGAACAAUUAAGAAGCAUUAGACAAGAUUUAGUUGUUCAGCACAUCGAAGACCAGUUCUGUGUUGAUAUUUAUGAGACCCAAAUCCUUCUUGCUCUUGACCAUGGCGAUUAUGAGAAUUUUAAUCAGGUCCAGAACAAUUUGGAAGAGCUUUACAACAAAGGAUUUGGUGUUCCUGAGAAUAUGUCGGAGAUGUACGCAUACAGGAUCCUUUAUUCCCUUGAAUUUAAUGAUAUUACAGGAUUUUAUUCAUUUGUUCCUCGAAUGAAGCCUGAAAUACUCAACACUCCGUUGAUAAAAUUCGCUAUAUCAGCAUGGAGAGCAGCUGCAGCUAAUAAUUGGCUUCAAUACAUGAGAAUGAUCAAAAAUGCACCAAAAAAGUGUUCAAAAGUGAUGCAAAGAAAGAUGAGAGAGAUUAAAUUCUACGGGUUAUUCGCAAUAACUAAACAUUUUAGAGGAUUGACACCAGAAACAUGCCAAGAAUUGCUUGGAUUAGAUUCUUUAGAGGAAACAGUAGAAUAUCUCAAGAAAACAGAAGUAUAUGAUAAGAUUAUCACCAAAUAA